CCUAUCUGAGGCUUGCCUCACUUCUCCGGCACCAUGAGCUUCACCACUCGCUCCACCACCUACUCCACCAACUACCGGUCCCUGGGCUCCGUCCCAUCGUCCAGCUACCGGGUCCGGCCGGCCAGCAGCGCAGCCAGCGUCUAUGCAGGCGCCGGGGGCUCGGGCUCCCGGAUCUCCAUGUCUUACUCCAGCAGCUCUCGGGGCGGCUGGGCUGGGGGCAUGGCGAGUGGGAUGGCCCGGGGUCUGGCAGGAGUGGGGGGCAUUCAGGGCGAGAAGGAGACAAUGCAAGACCUCAACGACCGCCUGGCCUCCUACCUGGAGAAGGUGAAGAGUCUGGAGACUGAAAACCGGAGACUGGAGAGCAAAAUCCGAGAACACCUGGAGAAGAAGGGACCCAAGGACAGGGACUGGAGCCAUUACUUUAAGACCAUCGAGGAGCUGAGGGCCCAGAUCUUUGCAAGUUCUGUGGACAAUGCCCGCAUUGUACUUCAGAUUGACAAUGCCCGCCUGGCUGCUGAUGACUUCAGAGUCAAGUAUGAGACAGAGCUGGCCAUGCGCCAGUCUGUGGAGAACGACAUCCAUGGACUCCGCAAGGUCAUUGAUGACACUAAUAUCACUCGGCUGCAGCUGGAGACAGAGAUCGAAGCUCUCAAGGAGGAGCUGCUCUUCAUGAAGAAGAACCAUGAGGAGGAAGUAAAGGGCCUGCAAGCUCAGAUUGCCAGCUCUGGACUGACUGUCGAGGUGGAUGCUCCCAAAUCUCAGGACCUCAGCAAGAUCAUGGCAGACAUUCGGGCCCAGUAUGACGAGCUGGCGAGGAAGAACCGAGAAGAGCUGGAUAAGUACUGGUCCCAGCAGAUUGAAGAGAGCACCACAGUGGUCACUUCUCAGUCAGCUGAGGUAGGAGCUGCCGAGAAUACGCUCAAAGAACUGAGACGCACGUUCCAGACCUUGGAGAUUGACCUUGAGUCAAUGAAAAAUCAGAAGGCCAGCUUGGAGAACAGCCUGCAGGAGGUGGAGACUCGCUAUGCCAUGCAGAUGGAGCAGCUCAACGGGGUCCUGCUGCACCUGGAGUCAGAGCUGGCACAGACCCGAGCAGAGGGGCAACGUCAGACCCAGGAGUAUGAAGCCCUUCUAAACAUUAAGGUCAAGCUGGAGGCUGAGAUCAACACCUACCGCCGCUUGCUGGAAGAUGGAGAAGACUUCAGUCUGACUGAUGCCCUAGAUAGCAGCAACUCCAUGCAGACCAUCCACAAGACCACCACCCGCAGGAUCAUAGAUGGCAAAGUGGUGUCUGAGACCAAUGACACCAAAGUCCUGAGGCACUGAGGUAGCCACACCCUUCACCCUUUGAAGAAGGAGAGGUCAAUAAAAAUGUGAAGUCAUU